CGAUCAAAACAAGGAAGUGGAAAACUCAACCAAAGAAAAAUCGGAUCGUCUCCUCUGUAGUUAAACAUCCGCAUCCUAUUCACUCCUAGUUAGGAUCCUAACCAUGUGUAAUAAACCUUGGAACGUACACCAUAAAGCAGAUAUAAUGAGGUAUAAUGUGCUGCCUCUGAUCUUUGCAACUCUUUCCAUCGCUGUUGCUUUCAUUGCACCAAUAAAUGGAAUGCCGCCGCUGCUCCCGACCGCCCUUGGCAUCCUCUCUGCGGCCGGAAUGGCUCUAAUCUGGAGGGAUAUCAGGUCCAAAGUGAAAGGAAACGACCGGACAGUUAACAGCUUGCUGAGCCAUUAUCUGGCGAUAAAGGUCGUCGGCUGGUUGGGUAAGCGGGAGAGAAACAAACUUGAAGCCGACACGCGCGACGUGACGCGGCUGCAGGAGGAGACUCUGCUGAAGCGUGUCCGUAAAAACACAGACACGCUUUAUGGAAAGCGCUACGACUUUAAUUCUAUUAAAGACGUCAGCACGUUCCGUGCCCGCCACCCGGUGACCACCUACGAGCAUUACCGCGAGCUGAUUGGGCGCGUGGCGUCGGGGGAGGAGCGGGUCAUCCUUGCGGAGCGGCCACUGCUCCUCGCCAUGACGUCGGGGACCUCUGCCGCCAGCGCCAUGCUGCUCAGCACCAGGGACACCAACACUGAGUUCUUCAUGCAGGGUGUGUGUGUGGCUCUAGAUGUGAUGCGUAAGGUGUAUCCGGGGACCGACAGUCUUCAACGCACCACAAAGUUCUUCUACAAUCCCACUCUCCGCCAAUCGGAGGCCGGCAUUCCUAUCGGUCCCAACUCCUCUAGCCCCGCCUCCUCGCGGCAUAUGAUGAACCUCUACACCACCCCAGCGCCCGCGUUCCAGGCACCCAGUGAGCGGGACGUCCUGUAUCUCCACCUCCUGUUCGCUCUUAGGGACCCUAGUGUGGGCGCCCUAGAGUCCAACUUCUCCUCCACCCUCUUUUAUGCCUUCACCACCUUGCAGGAGCGGUGGCAGGAGCUGGUGGAGGACGUGGAGGUGGGCCGGCUGAGCCCCUCGCUGGGCCUGGAGCCCCGGCUGAGGGCGGAGCUGGAGCGGCUGCUGAGGCCGGACCCGGAGAGGGCGGAGCAGCUCCGAGCCCACUUCCGGCGGGGCUUCAGGGGCGUCGCCCGGCGGCUGUGGCCCCGGCUCAACCUGGUGCUGGCCGUGGACUCUGGGUCCAACCAGAUCUACGGGGAGAUGCUGAGGGAGCACUACUGCCAGGGCGUGGACCUGUACUCCCCCUUCUACGCUGCCACGGAAGGUCUGAUCGGGGUGAACCUGUGGCCCCAGGCGUCCCCCAGGCGCUACCUGCUCUGCCCGCGCUCCAUGUUCUGCGAGUUCCUUCCGGAAGCCUGCCUGGAGGCGGAGCUUCCUCAGCCGCUCCUGAUGGGAGAGGUGGAGGAGGGGCAGAGCUACGAGCUGGUGGUUACCAACGCCUCAGGACUUUACAGGUACCGGCUGGGAGACGUAGUGAAGGUGGUCGGAUUCCACAACCAGUGUCCAAUCAUGGAGUUUCAGUACAGGCGUGGCCAGAUGCUCAGCCUGCGUGGGGAGAAGGUAUCUGAGGUGGUGUUUCUGGAGGCCCUGAAGCAGGUCUUGGUCCAGUGGCCUGGGGCGCAGCUGGUGGACUACUGCUGCGUCGAGAGUGGCAUUCUGGGGGACUCUGUGGGCGGAUGCGACCCUCACUACCAGGUGUUUGUGGAGCUGAAGGGCCUCAGGAACCUGUCAGAGGAGCAGCGCUAUAAGUUGGACCACUGUCUCCAGCAGGUGUCGGCCGUGUACAAGUCGUUUCGGUCCAAAGGCAGCAUCGGACCCAUGAGGGUGCAGCUGGUGGCGGCGGGGGCGUUCGCUCAGCUCAGGGAGCGCAUGAUGGACCACUCCGGCACCUCCCCCAACACCUUCAAGAUGCAGCGCGUGCUAUGCAGGAAGGACGACGCCCUCUUCCUGUUGGGGAAGACCGUUUCCUGAGUCCGCCGCGGCGGAGGGGAGGCCGCGGUCGGAGCGUCUGGAUGGAACGUCAGGACGCAAACGAAAAGUAUUCGUAAACACUGGCCUUGGGAUACCUUGAAAACCCACGACUUCAAUAGGUCAGGACACUCCGCUCCAAAACCGCUGGCUUGACUCCAUUGACAACAUGCUGAGUUAUGAUAAUAACAAUAAUAUAUCUGAUUUCUAAAACGACUUUUUCAUGAAACAUGAAGCACUUUCUCCAAAAAAAAAGUUGAACGUUGAGGAACUAAGGUGUGUGUGUGUGUGUGUGUGUGUGUGUGUGUGUGUGUGUGUGUGUGUGUGUGUGUGUGUGUGUGUGUGUGUGUGUGUGUGUGUGUGUGUGUGUGUGUGUGUGUGUGUGUGUGUGUGUGUGUGUGUGUGUCCUACUGGGGGAACGGAGAGAGUGGGUGAACUGGUAUGAUGUGAUGGGGGACGUUGACCGACUUGAGAGAGAUUCGGGAAACGCAAUACGCGUUGAAGGACGUAACGUUGCUGAAACAGACGUGUCAAAUAUUUAUAACCAAUUAUAUAAAUAUUUACAACCAAACGUU